CCCAAAUGUAUUUUAGGCAGAAGUGAUCUUUUCUCAUGUAAAGAGCUAUAUUGAACAACAAUUCGAAAAGACCAAUAGUAUCUUUAGUUCAAACUACGGGAAUGAUGACAACUUGACAUAUAUGACUUUUCAAGCCAGUGAUAUUCUAACGCAUGUGGAUGUGUGUCUCUAUCUGAUCAUGGGUAGACUCAAGCAAGUGGACAUUGAAUACAUGCGAUCAAUACAUCACUUGGUUAAUAUUAUACCCGUGAUUAUCCAACCUGAUUUAUCAUUAAGACCUGAAUGGAGAAUAGAGCAGAAACUAGCCAUACUACAAACAUUGAGUGAUCACCAUGUUAAAAUCGCCUUACUUGGAUAUGAAGAUUACGAACAUUUAAUAGAUUCAUGUAAGCAACCAUCUAAACACCCACAUUGCCCGCCAUUCAUGUUAGAUUGGUCCACAACCAAACAUAAACGGACAUUUCAUGGAUUAUUACCAUUAAAGCAGAGUUUAUUUCAGUAUCAAAACCGACCAUUAAAAUAUAUCACCACACAAAAAUUCAUUCAUUGGAGAAGCACUAGAAAUAUAUCAGCAUCAGCAUCAUCAUCAUUGUCACUCGUGUCUCCAAAUUCAUCACAGGAACAUUUGAAAAAUAUUCGAAUUUCUCAAUAUGUUACGGAAAGACGUCAUAGCUUAAAGACGGAAAUGUUGAAUCAAGAACAAAAACUGAUACAAGAGUUUGAGAUAUCAAGCAAGCAGAGAAGAACUGCCUUGAUUCUAAAAGAAUUGCAUUUGCUUGUGAAUCAAGAACUUGUGCAUCCACCCAUGACUCAUUCCCCGUAUUGGAUUUUUCUAUCUAUUUUAUUAUCAAUAUUUAUUUGCUAUCAAAAUAGGAAUUUGAUAAUCCAUGUGUUUCUGUCCAAUGAUAUCCUAAUAAAAUGGCGAUAAAGAACUAAAAGCAGUCGUCUUUUAAUUACUGCAUAAAAACCUUA